AUGUCCAAUGUUCCAUGUAGGCAAGCUCUGGGUAGUCUGAUGUAUUUGUCAGUAGGACCAUGCCCAGAUAUCACUUUCACAGUCAACAGUGCCCGUCAGCAUCUCGAGAAACCAAUGAAAAUGCAUUGGACUGCUGUGAAAAGGAUCGAGAAUCACCUCCAUGCCCACAGUGAUGCAGACUAUGCUGGUGAGGCGGAAACUAGGAGAUUCACAACCGGUAUGCUGUUAAAGCUUGGUGAAUCCACUAUUACUUUGGCAUCAACAUAUCAGAGAGUGGUAGCACUUUCUACAACUGAGGUUGAAUACAUUGCAGCGAGUCAGGCAGAGAGAGAAAUUGUUUGGCUGAAAAGUUUGCUCAAUGACUUGGCUUUGUUCAGCAAAAUAAAAAUUUAA